UUCGUUUAUAAAAUAUCUCUGUGUUUUGGUGAUAUACUCCUAAACCUUAAUGUCAUGUCGUGUAUGCUAUUUAUAUUAUUUACUGGGUUUCCUACACUCGUUUACUUUCGCUUAUGUCGUGUUGGGCGACAAGAAUGGAUAUGCUUUUAAAAUAUGUUUUCAACGCGACAAAAUUCGUUUUAGGUGUACUCAUUUUUAUCAAUACAGUCAAUUUGACAAAAGAAAAUAUUAUUACCUCACGGAAUUCUCAAUAUGUGUUUAAAGUUGGACAAGAAAAUAAAUUUAUGUUAUUCAGGAGAUUAUUAGAUCAUGACUUUAUACUGCGUCAUCAGAUAAUUGCAGUUGAAAAAGUAAGAGUCUAUGAGGAUACGCUUAAACCGGAAGCAACAAUGAAAGUAAAAAAUACACACAACUUCGCUAGAGACAGGAACAACUCUCACAAUUUGGAAAAUGGAAAUUACUAUGGAAUGGGCAUUCCAAAAGCAUGGUCACGUGGCUACAAUGGAGAAGGAGUCACUAUUGCCGUAACAGAUGUUGGAGUUAAUACAGAUCUUCUCGAUUUAAAGGACAAUAUUAACACUGAGUUAAGUUAUAACUUCGUAAAAGGAACGACAGAUGUUACUCCGGAAUUCUUCCACAAUCUUCAGGAAAAAAACAUCACCCAGCUCUUACUGAUGUUAAAGAUUUAUCAGGUGAAAUUGUUCAACGACCAAAUCCCAAUAUUAGAGCCAAGUCAUUGGACGGCGUCAGAUAUAAUAUCGCGGGCACUUGUACAUGCGUCAGAUGAUAUAGAUAUAUAUGCAAAUGCCUGGGCUCCUACUAAACCCUUCGACAAACUAGAUCUAGCUACUAGAGAUGCAAUUGUAGACAGUGCGGAGAAUGGCCGGCAUGGUUUGGGUACUAUACAUGUGGUACCCUCAGGCCCACCUGGAAAUGGACUAGCGAACAGUAUCCACACUAUUACUGUUAACAGUAUGGGAAGACAUGGAACAAUUUCCACGUACUCUUAUGAUAUAGAUGCAAGUGUUCUCACGUCUGGAUUAGGAGAUGGGCAAAAUUUAACGGCAUAUUCUAUGGUGACAACAACACUGAAGAAUAAAUGCAUUACUGGUUUCAAAGGUGUGUCAGCCGCGACAACUCAAAUAUCAGCAAUAAUUGGACUUGCCAUUCAGGCAAACCCAAAUAUUUCGUUUCGUGAUGUGCAACAUCUUAUCGUGCAAGCAUCAGAGUACAAAAGCCUCGAAGAGUCGAUUUCAUUCACACCCAACGGAGCUGGCAGACACUUUCACAAGAUGUUCGGAUUUGGACUUCUGAACGCAGACAGAAUCGUUAUGUUAGCUGAAAGACACAGUCCGGUUCCUGAGCUUUUUUCCAAGACACUCGAUUCUUUCAGAAAAAGAUCAUCUGAAACUCAGACUUAUGAUGUGUGUUAUACUUGUGAUAUGUUUAGCAGGCACAAUUGCUUGGCGAGUAUAGAGCAUGUUGUUUUGGAAAUGAAUAAAGGAGGUGUUCCAGAGCAUACAUAUAUCGCCUUAAAGUCACCGCAAGGAACGACAUCAGUUUUGCUGGACUUGAAACAUAACCAGGGUCCGAGCGUAAGGAAAUUGAAACUGACAUCUGUACACUUCUGGGAUGAGAUAGCGUUUGGUACCUGGCGACUGUAUGUCACAAAUAAUCAUUCAUCCCAAACAGACAUCGGAAGAACCUCAUUAACCCUGUAUGGUACGGCAAACGCGGACGUCCCACCAAGUAUACAGCUUCCUGAAGUUAUUUGCGAAAAUUAUACUAACAUUGGUAAUGGCUCUCACAUUGCGAGAACAACGAACAAUAUAACUACAGCAGAUACAUCAUACGAGACCCUUUUUUAACUGUUGUUAAUAGUCUUACCUUUUUCGGUUGUGUUUGAUGUAAUAAUGAAUGUGUGCAUUUUGAAAUUACGCAAAAGCCACAGAAAUAAAAAGUAUUAUUACUAAACAAGUGCUGUAGGACCGCAUAAUAAAUGUCUAUCUGUACACAUAGCAAUGUUGAGUUAUUUGUGGUAUAAGGAUGAAUAAUAAUUUUGUUCUGACCUUUAAAAAACAACUGUAGCUUUAUGUGAGCAAAAAGCUCAUGGUAUGGUUCAUAGGAACUGCACAUGUGCAUACAUAAUUAUGGCACUUCGUGAACUAAUUGUUAACAUGUUUCUCAUAUUGCGAUAAAGUUCUGUGAAAUGAGCUGUUUCUGGUCUUACACAACGCUUUGUACAAACAGAUGUCAUGAUUUUUAUCAUAUCGAUAAUCGGCACGGAAUAAUUUUUGUGUGAGAGUGUAGAUGGAGGUGAUGAAGGGGGAGGG